AUGGUGGAAAAGUACGACAUCGCCAUCAUCGGCGCCGGCCCCGUCGGCCUUCUACUCUCCACCUGUCUAGCAAGAUGGGGCUACAAAAUCAAACACAUCGACAUGCGGCCCGAGCCCACGCCGACCGGCCGCGCAGACGGCAUCCAACCGCGCUCCCUCGAUCUGCUCCGCAACAUGGGCCUCAAGCGCGCCAUUAUGGAGAAUGGGCCGGCCAAAGUGUACGAGGUCGCAUUCUGGGACCCGCGGGCGAAUGGCAGCGGAAUCCAUCGCACGGGCACGUGGGCUUCUUGUCCGGAGUUCAUCGAUGCGCGAUACCCUUUCACAACGUUGUUGCACCAGGGUUUGAUUGAGCGAGUGUUCAUUGCGGACAUGGAGAAGAAUGGGGUCCAGGUGCAGCGGCCGUGGCGGAUCACGGACUUCCAGAACGAUGGCGCGGAUCCGGAGUAUCCGGUCGAGGUGACUAUUUCGCACGUCGAGGGACAUGAGACCGAAACGCUGCGGGCGAAGUAUCUGUUUAGUGGAGAGGGGGCGCGAAGUUUUGUUCGGGAGAAGCUGGGGGUCAAGAUCACCCAUAAAGAUCCGAUCGCGUUUGUGUGGGGUGUGAUGGACGGGGUGGUUCGUACGGACUUUCCGGAUAUCAAGAUGAAAUGCACCAUCCAUUCCGACUCGGGAUCAAUCAUGGUGAUUCCUCGAGAAGACAACAUGGUGCGGCUGUACAUUCAAAUCGCCUCUUCCGAGGACCCUGACUGGAAUCCGCGGAAAACGGCGACGACAGAUGAUGUACAGGCGGCGGCGAAGAAGAUCCUCAGCCCGUACUACAUCGAGUGGGAUCGGGUGGAGUGGUAUUCCGUGUAUCCCAUCGGCCAAGGAAUUGCAGAUCGCUACACGCUGGACGAGCGAGUCUUCAUGGGCGGCGACUGCUGCCACACGCACUCGCCCAAGGCAGGCCAAGGCAUGAACACCGCCUUUUUGGAUGCGCAAAACCUGGCGUGGAAGAUUCAUCACGUCGAAAGCGGGUUUGCGGAUCGCUCGAUCCUUAAGUCAUACGAGAGUGAGCGGAGAUUGAUCGCGGAGAACCUGCUCAACUUCGACUCUUCUUACGCCAAACUCUUUUCCCAACGGCAGCCGUCGGCGGGCGAAGUCAAGAACGCGAUUACCGACAGCGGGGAAAACGAGUUUGUACGGAAGUUCAAGGAAUCCUGCGAGUUCACGUCUGGCUACGGUGUUGCAUAUGACCCCAACAUGUUCAACUGGUCCGCCGACCAUCCCGCACAGCAUCCUCUCUUCCUCACCGAAAGCAGUGGACAAACCAAACUCCGCACAGGCCGAAUCUUCACCUGCGCGACGGUGACGCGAGUCUGCGACGCCAACCCCGUGCACCUCGAGCAAGAAAUCCCGCUCAACGGCUCCUACCGCAUCUACGUGUUCGCAGGCAAGUACAGCGCCACGAAGAGCGCGAUCGCCGACCUAGCCUACAACCUCGAGAAGCCUUCGUCCUUCUUCGGCGCCUACAAGCGCGCGGACAUCGACAGCGUCAGCUAUCACGAGCGCCACAAUCCGCACUCGCACUUCUUCACGCUCGCCACCAUCUUCAACGCGAAACGGCAGGACGUGGAGAUCAAAGAGAUGCUGCCUUCGAUCCUCGUGCGCUACUGGGACCACGUGUAUGCCGAUGAUGUGUGGGACAAGCGGGUGCCCAAGGCGGGGGCAGCGGCGCACGCCAAGAUGGGCCUGUCGGAGGAUGAGGGCGGCGUGGUGGUUGUGCGACCGGAUGGAUAUGUGGGGUGUGUGGUGAAGCUGGUCAAGGGCAGCGGCACGGUGGAUGCGCUCAAUGCCUACUUCAGUACGUUUUGUUCGAAGACGUUGGGCAGGCUGCUGCCGGCUGCGCAGCUAUAA